AUGGUAGAGAGGAAGCUUUUCAAGACGAAGCUGUGCGUUUUGUAUCAGAGAGGGCGAUGUGCGCGCGAAAGUUGCUCCUUUGCUCACGGACAAGCGGAGCUCCGUCGUUUCUCGGGCUCCUUUGACGGUAGCCGGGACUCUGGAGGUGAUGAUUUGAGGGAUAAGCUUGAGAGAAGGUAUUCUCCACGGAGAAGGUAUUCACCAGAGAGAGAUGGAAGAGGCCGACAUGUACUUCGUGAAUAUAGUCCAUCCAGGUCCCUUGAGAGAGAAAAUUUUGAAUAUUCCUUCGGUAACAGCAAACGAAGGAAGAAACAACACUUGGAUGGCCAAAGUGAUAUUUCUGGAAGUUUGAGAAUUUCAAAUGAGACUGAACAUGAAGCUAAAGAAGCAAAUUCCAGAGGCGUUCUUGAGGAGCAGUUAAAGCAAUUGCAGUCAGAGAUCAACAUGCUUGAUCACCGCAGAUCUCAAUUAGGGGUCUACCUGGAAGAGAAGUCUCAAGAAGUGGAUAGUCUUACUUCUAAAAUUAAGGAGCUUGAGGCUCAAUUAUACAAAGAAAAAGAGGACUGUAAGAGGAUCUCCUCCAAAGUGAAGAAGUUUGUAAAAGCACAUUCUCGUAAUUCAAGGAUACAAGAUCAACUAAAGAGAUCACAGGUCCGACUUAAUAAGUUGGGAGAUCAGCUUGCCUUAGAUAUUUAUGGAAUUGAUGUCAAUGAAGAGGAUUCGAGCAUUAAUAUUGUUAGUGAUGGUGAUGGUGAGACUACUGGUUUUCCAGUAACCCCACAUAAUGAGCGGCUGAAUGAUGCUUCUCCAAGCAAGAUAAGGCUGGAAGCUAUUAGGGAUUAUGCCAAGGAAUCAAAACAAAGUGCUCAUUCAACAAGAGGACAUCUGACCACAUCAAGCAGACCAAAGAAGCUCUCUCGGUGGAACAUACACCCUGCUCAAUCAAAUUUUGACAAAAAAAAUGAGGCAGUGAGCAAUGCAAUUGGCAGUCCAAAGCAAUUAGCAAACGAAGGCAAGCAUGAUAGGAGAAAGACUGCUUCCUCUAGCAUCCUCUCUGCAGAUAUGUUGAAGAUUUCGGAGUCAGCCCCUGUUGUACCCUCAACCAGCAUGGCGGCUCACCCAGUUGACACAGAAGUUGAAAUUGAACCAGAGGAUAAAAUUGAGAUGGUUGGGAAAGCUUCUGGUAAAAUUGAGGAAGGAGCUGCAUAUGAGAAUGUGAGCUUUUCAUUACCACUUCCUCCACCACCUCCAAUCCCUAAAAAUAACUACUCACAGUAUGAGGGGGAUGAUGAGAUUAUAGAUGUGCAGGGAGCUGACUAG